GGAAAGAAAAUUAGCCUCCCCUCCCCAGAAUGCAUUUUCCAGGUCAUAUUUAUUUAAAGAUUAUUUACUCUCCAGUUUGCUGCUUCAGGGCUCUCUAAAGUAAGCAGGAGCAGUAAGCAGUUGUUUGAUUUUGGAUGCCAGCCGCUAUGUGGAAAAAACACUCCAUCUUUUACGUUUUGGUUUUGGCCAUUGCAACAAACAAUGCAGUGUAUGGACAAAACAGAAGGAAGGGACAAAAGCUAAGUUCUCUAGCAAGAAAAGACAAUCUUCAGGAUUCUGUCUGCUUUAUUGACAUCAUCUUUGCCCUGGACAGUUCUGAAAGUGCAACGAAUGUACUAUUUGAUAAGCAGAAAGAGUUUACUAUUCAAUUAAGUGAUAAAGUCUUCCUCAUGAAGCCCACCCGUGCCCACAGGUAUAACAUCAGACUGGCCAUCAUGCAGUUCAGUAGUUCUGUCAGAAUUGAACAUCCUUUUUCAGAGUGGGAAAACUUGCAGAACUUUAAACAAAAAGUCAGUGAAAUGGGCUACAUUGGGCACGGCACCUAUUCCUACUAUGCUAUUUCUAACGCAACUCAGCUGCUCAGAACAGAAGGCCGUAAGACAGGCAUCAAAGUGGCUUUGCUGAUGACUGAUGGUAUUGACCAUCCAAAAAGUCCCGACAUUCAGGACAUAUCAGAAAAGGCCAGGACUCUUGGAAUAUCUUUCAUUACCAUUGGCUUGUCUAAUGAUGUCAAGAAAGCUAAACUGCUUUUGAUAUCUGGUGAUUCCCCAGGGAAGUCUAUCCCUAUUUUGAAUGAGCCCAACCUUUCAGAUAAAAUAAGGAACCAGUUGGCCACUAUAUUUGAAGAGAGGUGUGGAAAGAGCUGUGAAUGUCAGAAAGGAGAGCAAGGACCUCCAGGACCACCUGGUGGCCAUGGAGGAAGAGGAGAUAAAGGUGAACAUGGACCUAAGGGACAAAAGGGCGAGGCUGAGAAGGGAGAACCCGGUGAAAAAGGUUCAGAGGGAAGUCCUGGGUAUAAGGGAGAAAAGGGCGACAGAGGAGAAUGUGGAACACCAGGGUUAAAAGGAGACAGAGGUCCAGAUGGCCCUUUUGGCCCCAAAGGACCAAGAGGCCCUCAGGGAGUUGGUGGCCCACCAGGUGAACCUGGCCCAAAAGGCAUUCAAGGAAACAAGGGAGAGCCAGGACCAGCAGGUCCUUAUGGUCCUGCAGGAAUCCCCGGAAUUGGAUAUCCAGGACCUAAGGGUGAUAGAGGUCAGGAAGGAAGAAUUGGGUUUCCAGGACCAACUGGGAUUGGUGAGCCAGGCUUAACAGGGCCACGUGGUCCUGAGGGCAUGCAGGGUGAAAGAGGUCCACCUGGUGAAGGACUCCCAGGACGGAAGGGAGACAAAGGUUCUGAAGGACCAGCUGGACCGGUUGGAGCUCCAGGCUUAUCCAUCAAAGGAGAUAAGGGUGAACGAGGAAUGGAAGGGCUUCAGGGCCUGAUGGGACCACCUGGAACUGGCAUCCAAGGAAGUCAGGGUAUUCAAGGCCCAAAAGGUAUGCCUGGUGUGAAAGGGUCACGAGGAAUAGGACUGCCUGGACAAAAGGGAGAAAUGGGUCCAUCUGGACAAAAAGGAGAUAUAGGAGCACCAGGAAGUGGACAACCUGGACCUAAAGGAGACCCAGGAAGACCAGGAUUUCCAGGAGAAAUUGGGAGACCAGGAAUAAUAGGGAUAUCAGGGAAAAAGGGGGAACAAGGACUGCCUGGUCCAAGAGGCCCAGAGGGAAUGCCGGGGAAAGGGGACAUGGGUCCAAAGGGUGAAGAAGGUCAGAAAGGUGCUCAAGGAUUGGAUGGCCCAAGAGGUAUUGCAGGCCCUCCAGGACCAAAGGGUGAACCUGGAAUCAAAGGUGACAUUGGUCCUGCUGGACCUUCAAUACGUGGGCUACCUGGCCCCAAGGGUGAACAAGGAUACCCAGGCCCUCCUGGAAAUGAUGGAAGCCCUGGACAUACAAUUUUGGGACCUAAGGGUGCUCCAGGUGUUAUUGGACCUCCCGGACCUCCUGGGCCCAAGGGGGAUGGCUUUCCUGGUCCACCAGGACCUCAAGGAAUGCCUGGUCUUCAGGGACCAAGAGGCCUUAAAGGAGCUGGUGAUCCAGGUCAAAAGGGAGAACAAGGAGCACGAGGAGCACCGGGGCCUCCUGGGCAAAGGGGAGUAGGAAUACCUGGGCCAAAGGGUGUUAUGGGACAAAAGGGUUUUCCAGGCCCGGCAGGUGCUCCAGGAGAUAGCAUACAAGGAAGUAAGGGAGAGCAAGGAGUUCACGGUUUACCAGGACCAAAGGGCUCCAUAGGAAUUGGACUACCUGGUCCAAAGGGUGACUAUGGAGAGAAGGGAGAUCAGGGAAAGAGAGGUAACAAAGGAGAAAUUGGAGAACCCGGCCCUCAAGGACCAAGGGGAUUUUCAGGACAAAAGGGCGAACCUGGUCUUACUAAAGAAGAAAUAAUCAAACUCAUUAUGGAGAUAUGUGGCUGUGGUGUUAAGUGUAGAGAAAAUCCUUUGGAGCUUGUGUUUGUGAUUGACAGCUCUGAAAGCGUUGGGCCUGAAAACUUUGAAAGGAUCAAACGGUUUGUGAAAACCAUGAUCGAUGCUGUUACAGUCAACCAAGCCACAGCUCGUGUUGGCAUCAUCAACUUUAGCCUCAAAGUAGAUGUGGUGUCCACACUGCAGCAAUUCCCUUCCAAAGACAGCCUAAAAAGUGCCGUUGAUGCAAUGCAAUACCAUGGGGAAGGCACGUACACUGCUACAGCGAUCAGCAAAGCCAUUGAUAUAUUCCAGAUGGCUCGACAAGGAGUUAGAAAGGUGGCAGUUGUAAUAACAGAUGGGCAAGCAGAUCAACGUGACCCACAUACAUUGGAAGCUGUGGUGAAAGAUGCCCAUGCCCUCAACAUAGAAAUAUUUGUAAUUGGAGUGGUACAUAAGACCGAUCCCAAUUUUGAAAAUUUUCGAAAAGAAAUGGAUGUAAUUGCUUCUGACCCAGACAGUGAGCAUGUCUACCAGAUAGAUGACUUCAUGACUCUGCAAGCUCUCGAGGAUAAGAUCUUCAAACAAAUUUGUGAAAAUAAUAUCAGUUCCUACAUCACCGAAGUGCUCAGUUCAGCUCUUUCUCCAAGAUUUGAAACCAGUGAACGUGGCAGUCAGAUAGACAAAAUUGAUUCUCCUGGACCAUAUGUCCCCCCACUUGAGCCAGAGACUAUUGAUUCUUUUUCAAGGAGACCCAGUGAGAAAGGAGCAUCGUAUCUGGAUCGGGAUCACAAUGUUACCUCAACCUCUUCUAAGCAUAUCCCUGAGCAUCGUAGAUGGCCAGUCAGCCAACAAGAUUAUCUGGAAUCUACCACUCACCAUCCGGAUCUUGCAGUUACAUCUGAUGUAACUAGACAAGUGCAACUUACACCAGCCGUUAUACAGCUUCCUAGAGUAAUACAUGCUAUGAAAGAAGCUGGGUGUUUAGAACCAAUGAAAACUGGAAGCUGCCGAAAUUAUCAGGUGAAAUGGUUUUAUGCCAAGGAUACAAAUUCUUGUGCCCGAUUUUGGUAUGGAGGUUGUGAAGGCAACCAGAAUAGAUUUGAAACCGAACAGGAAUGCCAGGCAAUUUGCGUUCAAGGAUAAAGAAAUCUCAAGAUUUUAGAAGAAAAUGAAGCUAAAGUUUGCAUAAUCAUGCUAAAAGAAUUUCAAAUGCUGUAUUAAUAGUACUUCUGUAAUAUACUUGGUGCUUUUAUGAAGCAUUGACAGAGUUUAUAAAGCACUGUAUCUUUAUAGAGGAUAGUUUUACUUGAUAAAAAGCAGUUUACACAUUUAUGCUUAUUGUUCAAUAUUGCAGGAUUUUUAAUAAGCCAGAUAUCAUGGAUUGUAACAAUUAGUCUUAACAGAACAUUGUUUUCUAUUAUGUGGAAAUGAAAAUAUUCUGUACCACAAUCCGGACCACCAUCAGAAACUGCAACAACAACAAAUGGAAAAUUAUAUUGGAGUAUAGUUGGGAACUUUCAGAACAGAAUGUCUCUCUAUAGAUACAGCUAUAUAGAUGGACUUUUCCCACAUCAGGGCAUAUCUAAUAUUGCAACUAAGGAUAAUGAAAAUCUGGUUGUUUUUUUCCCUUCUGUAAUUUAACUUCAGGAGCCAAGAUCCAGCUAUAACUGUAAGCAACAAGCCAUAGAGAAUAACUGAUGGCUCUCCACAUGUGUCCUGUUCAUAUCAAGACACCAUCCUGCCAAUUCAGUUAACACAUUUAGAUGAACAUCAAGUGUGGCUUCUUAUGCAAAAAUCUCUGAGUUAAUCAGGACCAGUAUUUUUAAAGUUAUUUUUGUUAAAGCUUACUCCAUAUUCUCUUGUUUCUCAGGGGUCUUAUACAAAAGAGCAAAAUAAAUUCAUAGUAAAUGUCAAAAUCAAUUAUAGAAGAAUAGGGAAAGCACUGAAAGAUGUACAUAAGUAUAUUUUUUCAUACUGUAUUUUUCUUUUAAACCUUACCUCUGCACCAAAAGUACUGUAUAUGCUAAAACUGAUGAGUGAUAAUUAAACUGAUCAUA